CCUCGUUCGAUUCCGCCGCUUCCCAUACUGUCAUUCCUCAGACCAUGACAAGCGAGUCGCCUGAUCGAGAUGUGGAUCCGUCCACAUCGUAUCAUCCGAAGAAGCGAGCGAAAUACACUCAGAUCGCUUGCAAUGAGUGUAAACGGCGCAAAAUCAAGUGUAGCGGUGGAUCGACGUGUUCACGGUGUGCCCGUGGAAACAUCCCCUGCAGUUAUCCCACCGAUCGCAUACCAAUCCAAGAAACCGAGUUCAAAGAUGCACGUGUUGGCCCCAAGUUUGAGUCCGUUGAUCGGCAACUGGAGAUGCUUCGGCGGGAAAUGCGGAUUAUAUCUGCUCGACUGCAAGAGCUAGAAGCUUCCAGUCCGGCCUCGUCAAGACCUGCAAAGACGUCUACUCCAAGGGAGCUGGAUCGUAUUCUGAACGCACCGAAAUCACCACCGUAUGUCGGGCCGACUAGUGCGGAGUUUGGGCUACGACGACAAAGGGCUUCGUCGCAAGAUCGUAACGGUGAUGGUGAGGCCGAUGAGGACAUGCCCUUGUCUACGCCGACCCGAAGCCCCACCCCAGAUGGAACAGCUUCGCAUACCGGGAGUGGUGUGCACCUCGGUCUCGACGAUGCACUUCGUCUAGUACAGGUGUAUGAGGAUCUUGUCGGGGUGAUGUAUCCCUGCGUGGAUAUAGACGGUGUUCGUGGCUAUGUGCACGAGUACUAUCGCUCCCACGAUACGAUCCUUACGGAUGCAACCGAAUCGCUGGAAAAAGCGUCCACGGACCAGGACUGGUUUUUUGCUCGGGAUAUCCAGGUAUUGAAAUUGAUUCUCGCCACUGCCCUGGUAGCCGAGUCCCAUGGCCGUAGUGAAGCUGCGGCGCAGCUUGCGGAUAGUGUUGAAGACCGGUUCGCCAGCCGAUUCAAGGUCGCUGAGGUGGAUAUGAAAGAGAUAUUGAUUAUGACAUUAUUGUCAAUCUUUCACUCGUACCGAGACGAUGAAGUCAUCUCCUGGCGUAUGAUGCGCAUUGCGACCAGUGCCUGCAUGGAACUGGGCCUUCAUCGACAGGAGACCUGGCAGCGGACAGGAGGUGUCUUCCCAGGCGAGCUUGCUUGGACCUGGGCGAUGCGGCUCUUCUGGUGCAUCUACGUACUAGAUCGAAAGUGGGCAUUUGGCAGUGGCCUUCCGUUCGGCAUUCAGGACAUGGAUAUGGACACAAAUCUCCCGGAACCGGGACACUCUACCCCAUACUUGACAUGCAUGAUCUCGUAUGCGCGGUUGAGCACCAAGAUCUGGGGUUUGGUCAUGGAGUGGCCCAAACAUUCGCAACUAUCGACGGCCGAUAAAUGCGCCGAGUUGGAUGCACAGGUGCAGCAAUGGAUUUGGUCGAUUCCUCGCGAGCUACGCUUCGACCCAAAUCGGCAACCGGGCUUGCUUGCCAACGCCGAACAUUCUCAGCAGAACGAUCGUGCGAUGAUGCUACAGGUCUUACUCGCAUUACAGGGAAAUCAGCUUCGGAUCCUGGUGUAUCGACAGAAUCUACAAAGCAGUGAACACAUUGCUGGAGACGUUGCUGGUGCGACUAUAGCUGUUGAAACAGCGAAGCGCACUAUCCACAUGUUGGAAUAUUUCAGCAGUGUGACAAAUAUCUACUUUCAACGUCCAGAGCCGUUCAACUAUUUCUUGAUCUCUGCGUUAGCUGCUCUUCUCUUAGCAGUCCUGCACGCACCGAGUCGCUUUAGUCAUGUCUGUCGGCCAGAGUUCUAUACAGCUAUAGAACUUGUGCGUCGGUCGGCAACUCGUGCCCCAACAUCGAGACGCUUGCAGAAGAUCAUUCGCAGUCUGAAACAUAUUCAGUUGCACAAGGGCGGACUGGAUCACCAUACGGACUCUCACGGUCGACGAGCCAAACCACGGAUCCGAGGUACCAAAAGGGCUGCAGAUUACCUUCCACAACCAGCAACACAGACAGAUUCGACGACUUCCCGCGUUCCAUGGGAUAUCAAUUCCCUCUCGACUCCAACACCGCAUCCUGCAUCGAAUCUCCAUCCGAACCAACACAUCGAUACAUCGACCACUGCAUGGCAGAUCUCUCCUGGAACAAUGAUAGACGAGCCUAACAUUUGCGAAGAUCUGAGCAGCUUUUUCGAGAAUGCCGGUGAUCUCUAUUUCGAUUCUCAUGGAGGUUCGGACCUACACUUGGCCACCGGACCGGAUUUGUCACUAGCUAGGGGAGUGGAUAUGGGGUUCUUUUCUGUUCCCGCGAACCCAAAGUCACCUAAUAUCGCACCCGAUGCCUUUGAAGCCGACAAUGAGGAAUUGACGAGGGUGAUGGCUGGUUUGCUAUGAGAUUGCAGACUCCGUGCUUGAACUACCUUGGUCAACUAAACCAUUUCGCUAAUGGAGCUUGGAGACGACGAGUUCUGAUUUCGAUGAACGACCAUUUACGACGCUUACUUGUCAGCGGAUCUUCAUGCAUCCGACAACUCUCCAAUCGGCACUCCGUUCCGGACAUUCGCCAGAUCACUCUCUUAUCGCCCUAGUUGACGGCCAACGCUAUGAGCACGUUGUCGGCCAUCAGGCGUGGCGGCGUGGAUCGAAGCAUUGCGUCAUGGCACCCUCAUCAACUGUAUCGCCGCAGGACUUGUUUUGUCCUCAUUGAGCGGCAGUUAUAAUUGGCAAGGAACAGAGCGUUGUUAGUAAGGAAUAUUUCAUUAUUCUAACUCGGAUUCUGAUCGCGCCCCUUAUCGGGUAGUGGGUCGAUCGCUGAGGUCAUGUUGUGGAGAGGGGAGGGGUAUGAUGAAGUCGCAUGGUGACAUACACUGCGGGAAGAGUGCAGACGUAGAGAGAGACCUUUAGAAUCCUGCAAAGUGAAUGAGAUAGAUGAUACUUUGAAUGAAC